CGUCCGCGGUGGAAGCGCUCCGGCACCGCAGGAGCUCGGGUCUCGGUCGGCCACCGAGGUUCAGAGCCUGCGCCGAGCGUGCGUGCGCGACACUCGGGUUGAGGCCCGACGCCGCAUGGGGAGCGACUCUUCCCGCUGCUCCCGCGGGCCGCUGACGACGCUGUCCAGGCGCUUCUCUUGUGGUGCGCUUUUCGCGAGCGACAUUUGUGCUCCGCUGUUUUCACCGGCUGCGAGCGACAAAGCGCUGAUACUUUUUUGUGCGACGCCGCCGCCGCUCAGUUGUGCUGCAGUGUGCUGAGGGAGAAAUCCCUUUUGGCGGGCUCUCUGCCGAAUUUGAAUUUGCGCUUCGACUUGGAUACCGGAAGACUGGUGUUACGGACGAAUUUUCCCGCCAAAACGCGGAUACCUCCUUUGAGUGGCCGGUUAUCGCCGUUCGCACCUCUGCUUCGUGGUUCGUGAAAAGGAAAACACAUGUGAUUGCGAAGCUGCGCAACAUACGCGUAUUAAUACCUUUAAACAUCGUUACUGAGGACGUCUGGUUUUGAUGAAUAUAUUUUGCGUGGUGAGGUGAACCUUGCGAAGCCGAAGCCGGAAGGUCGACCCCGUUUCUGCAAGCGCCUGCAAGAGUAGAAGAGGUACUGUCAGUGCUGAGGCAAACGGUGAAAAGCAGUUUGGGGCCACGUGGUGUUGACGUAGGAAUGCUCUAGGAUAAGCUACGGUGGAUACACCGGGUUGGCAAGACCACGGAGGGUUCAAGGUUGUGAGGAAGCUUGGGGAUCCACGGCACAACAAGGCCACCUGUGAAGGAUUUCUAUAAGGAGGUCUCCCCAUGCAGUUCAUGAAGUCUCCGGUCUAGACUCGCAGAACGAUGCGCCUUCAUUUUCUGAGGUCGAAGCAAACGGAUGCUGUGCAAUCAAGAUGCCUCCAGUGCAGCUUUGGAUUUGGCUACGACAACAGCGACUUGCGUAACCUUCGCUAGAACGGCAACAAUGCAAGAGAGCAUCGCAUCAAUCUGCGUGCUGCGUGCUGCUCAGCUUAUUUCGCACCGAGGCUGGUGACGCAGGUGGCGCCACCUCUAGUGCCCUUUCUCGAGAUAAUUUUGCUGUACUGUCAAGCAAUUUUUUUUUAUCUCGUAGACCUUUUCCGACAGUGCAGUUUACUGCCGUCUGACGCUUUAGCCUAAAUUCCGCCACUAACGUCCGGAGGCGCACCUUCAACGACCUGUGCAUUGUCGACGCUCUAAGCAGGAACACUAAAAGGGAUUUCACUCAAAUGAGAUUAGAAUUUCGGAAAGAGCAAAAUUCCACUUUGCGUGCUUUGCUAUAUAAAUUGUAGGCUCCCACAGGAAAACGCUAAGCGAGACACUGAAGCCAAGCUAAGUUCGAGCACUUACGAGAACUUUCGUGCUUGGCUAAGAGUUUGACUGCUGCCACAUCGUGUUUUCUAGAAGUGCUUUCCUUUCUAGCCUAAAAGCAAAUAUUUUCAACUCCAACCAUAGCGGUGGAGAUUUAUUUGUACGUAGGUCCAACGGAACAAAGUGGAUUAGUCGUUGAGAUAUAAGACAAGGCCCUCUCUUGAAAGCGCUGUGUCAGAGCUCCACCGUUCAGCUGGUCGUUUGGUCACAGUAUAACGUGUUUGUCCGAAUGUAGGUGUCACUUAACGCAGUGUCUAAGACCGUAGGUUGAACGGCUACGUUAAUUUGGAAUCCUGACAAAGAAGCAACUCCCUAAUUAUCUUGCGCGUAAGCAUGUUUGAUUUAGUUGAGCUUGGUGAUGUGGCUCUUGCGCUGUCACUUCUCGCGGCCCCGAAACCAAGGACAGCGUCAGUUGCCAAGCUCUGAAUUCGGCGAAGACGUUUUCUGGGAACUUCAGCGCAGCUGCAAGAAGCGCAAGCCAUCACUGCCGGUCCCUACGCGACACGUGGUCGUUCGGCGGUGAUUGUGUUGCGGCGGUGCGUUUGCCUCCAUCGCCCAGCGCUGAACCUGUGUACUAUUUUGUGCGGAGAACACAAAGGCUCUUGCGAGUUUGCGAACAGGCGAAUGCAUCGCUUCGGCCGUAAUGCGAGGCGCAGGCGAGUGCGCCGCCCGCCCGGUGAGCCGUCGCCGCUGAGGCCGUGAUGGAGGCAUGGCGGUCCGCAUAGGCGCCCCGUGUUGGCCAUGCGAGCCGCUCGCAACCGGACUGUCAACGACAUUGGCGGUGGGCUCGAUACGACCGCGACCAGCUCCGUCACCACCACCGUGAUGGCCAGCACCGAGUGGCAGUCGAGUACGAUGCCCACUCCUCCGUUACUGGGGCACGACCUGCGCAUCCCGAGGCCCACAGUGUCCCUGGAUGCCCGGCCCGUGCUGAUCCCCAUUCUGUCGUCGGUGAUCUGCUUCCCGAUCGUGGCUCUGGCUGUGAUCUGUGCGCUGCGCUAUCGGGCGCUGAGGCUGCGACGUAAGGAGCACAUGAGAAGGCUUCGUGGAGGAGGGAUGAGGGCGGCACGCCUGGAGAUCCCGGGCCGUGGGAGCGAGAGGCCUUCCUUCUUCUCGCGUGACUCUUCGUCCGGCGACACCAGCUCCCGGCCCCCCAACAACAUCGAGGAAGACCCGCGAACCACGGGACCCGCUGCCUCGUCUUCGUCAUCUUCAUCGGGAGAGAACUACGAGGACGAGCUGGACUUCGCCAAAGAACUGGCCUCUAGCAAGCGAAAGUCCCUCGCCGGGGGCAGUUCCCGUCGAAGCAGCCGCGUCACUUUUGGCGCCACGGCCGCCAUCUUGCAAGUGCCCGGCAUUCCCAGCCCUCGGUCGGGCUCGCCGCGCUCCGGUUCACCGCGCUCCACGUCUCCUCGCUCGUGUUCACCGCGCUCUGGCUCGGUCAGCUUCUUCGCCGAGCCCAGCUUCAUCCAGGAUGUGGUGAACGACUACGACGACGACGCGGACGACGAGGACGACCUGGAGGCCACCGACUGCGGAGUGCACGCUAGGUAGCCGCGGCGAGGCGGCGGCGACUCGACCGCCGCCUGUUUGGUGGUGCUGCCGCGUUCCGGGUCGUCACGUAUUGGAGUUGCUCUGGCGUCCGGCACCGCGAUGCUAGAGACGCUGCUUUGAGCAUUCCUCUCAGGAUGAGGGCGCCGACUCGCACCGCAAAGAAAUUGAUGUGCGACCACCACUGCACUUAAUGUGCAACGCCAUAAAGACAUUCAGAAACAAUAACCCUGGGGCGAGCGCCAAAUCAUAUAAAAAGUAUGGAAUACAAUCAUAAUCAUUUUAAUCCGCUAGGCAAGACUUCGAGUGCAGUUGAGGUGCCACCCAAGCGGCUCAUUUUACAGGUAAUGAUGUGUUUAUAGCAGUGAUACGCUUGCCUCGUCUGUCUGUUGAAGGAACAGAAGAAAAUGCAAAAAGGUGCCAACCUAAAAUUUAGAGAUAUAAACAGAAUUUCGUCUUUCAAACAGAAGAACCGCAGUAAUUCUUUAAUAAACAAAAUUGCAUUUCAAUGUUUGGAAACAUCUGUGUAACUGGCAGUGGACUCACAAGUAGUUUAGGGUGCAAUUUUCGGUUGCUAAAUGUUAAGUACGACUUAAGGAUACGGGAAAAAAUAGGAUGGCAUCGCUGUGAGAUGGUAUAGCCAUUUGCACGCGACCGUCAAAUGACGCUUCCUUGGAAGACAUGAGCAGUAAACGAAACAAUCGAUGCUCCACCCCCUCCGGUGUACGAAAAAUUAAAAUCUCAAAUUAACCACAUUGAAAAAGUCACUCAACCUCUCAAAGAAGAACGUUGUAGUCUAGGCAGAAUUCUUUUGUUUUACCUGUGGUGUUGCAAGUACUGCUGUUGGCGUGCAAUAAGGUUGAAAGAACUCUCCUUAUCUGCGUAAGAUUGAAAAUUGAAGAGUACAGAAUCAAUGAAUGCACCUGGCUUCAAGUAUGUACUUGACUACUCUGAUGAAACUGUAAGGCGAUCCACCUAAAGUCAGUCGCAUUUUAAUUCUUGUGUUUUACUGCUAAUGCUGCAGUACGAUUAACUGAAUUUGUUACAAAACAUAGGUUGUUUAAGAAGACGCAAAGCGUGUGCGAGACGGUGCCCUAUUUCCUACAAAAAAGGCACAGGUAAAAUAAAUUGCACUAUCAUAGCAGCAUCACCCGUCGCACGCGAUAUCGUAGGUAAGCAGGGCGAGGUAACGCAGAACUGAAGUCAUAAAGUAGAACUGCAAUUAUACUGAUGAAGGUAUCUAAUGCAAAGGCCUAUGCCUACUGAUCGAUGAGUGUUCCUAUUUACAGCCUACGACAAGCUGGCGCUAAAAUUGCUAGCGUGAAGAAAAUUCUUUUUGGAUAAAAACUUUGGUUACUAUGUGCUCUGUAUGUGAAUUUGCACCUCGUUCUUUAGUGACAGUUAUCCACGCAAACCAAAUUUUCGUCGCAUAAAUCAUACAUCACACACUUAAAAAUAAAUUACAACGUUAAUUGUAGGAUUGACUGUAUUUACAGCGGCUACUAGCAUUAAAUCAUAGGUAUUGGGAGGUGGCAGUUCCGAACUUGCUUUCAGAAAGCACAACAAUAUUCGAAUGCCUCAUAUGCAGUAUUUUUCUUUAUCGGAUUUUUUAUUCUUCUCGAUGCAGCUUAGGAACCUUUCUCACUACGGUGUUUAGGUAUACUGUCCUGCUUAUGCCGGACUCAUAGCAUUCGAUGAAAAUAUUUCGUUUAAUAAAACACAUAAUACGAAUAAGAUUUCAGCAUCGUUUUUUGUGCUACUCAUAGGUUCUGAUGACACAGUAAUACCUGUCGUUUUUCAUUUCGAAAUAACUGAAAUGAUAUGCGCCAUCUCUUCAUUGGGAAAGCGAAAUUCAAUAAGCCCUAUGUAGUCACAGUGCCUUCCAAAAUCGGCUGUAGAUAUAAAACAGCUGCGCUAUAUUUGAUCAGGAGCACAUCACAUACAAGCCCUGAUUUAUUAAAGCUGUGCGACGAUCUAUCCUUGAAAUCGAUAGGAAGUAGGUAAACACGAUUGUUGGCACCUUUGCCACCGGAAAGUACACAAAUGCGAACGCAGAUGACAAAAUAAUGGUCUUGACCAGUUAGUUCAUCGUUGCGAUACUAAGUAAUAGCUCAUGCUUAGAGAGUUGAUAAUAUAAGGCUUUCAUGAAGCAAGCAGUAAUAGUUUCCUUUAGCAAGAUUUAAUACUAUAGGUCUUGUGCGGGACUAGUAUUCCUUUUGCUUCCGAAUAAUAACCAGUUUUAAUGAUCUAAAUUUGGUUUGUUGCAUUAUGCACCUGCCUAGGUACCGUAUGGCAGAGGUGAAUUACACGUCGCAGUUGAAAGCCACCGUGGUUUUUGUGAUGUUUGCAUUCUCUCGGUAUGGUUUGUACUGUGCAGUAAAUAUUAUGCAUUAGUGUGGUUACUCGGGUCAGUUUUUUCAUUAUGCUGUUUGUUCCGUCGUGUCGUGAAGAUGUUGGCGUUUUUUCCAGUGUUCUGUCGGUGCUUGUUAUUACAUCGCCUGUCCAGUGUUCUAUCAUUAAGUUUUCUUUUAAGCUUUGCUUAAUUGCUGUUCGCGAAACACGCUAUACGAAGCUUUUAUAUGAUUAUGUGUUUCUUAAGCACGAUUGUUACUCAUGUAGUGUUUAUGCAUGAAACAGUCUAAUGCGGAGCAUCAUUUGUGGGUUCUUACAUGUGAAUUGCUAGCUUGUGUAACAUUAGUAUUCACUGCUUUAUUACGACCCACUUAUGCCAGACCUCGCUUUAUUUUUGUGUAAUCAGUUAAUGUGAUCGAAAAUUUGUACUGUCCAAGGAGACAAUACGUACUGUUUUAACCCAAUGACCUGUGCAUUACGUGUUUUGUGAGAGCCGUUUUCCGUAAAUGUUUUGCCGUGAUGCUCACCUUCACCAACGUUGAGGCACUGACGCUUGGCUCAUGGUAAGAUAAGUGUAGCUGUGUAAGAGUGUUUCACCUGCAUUCAUGACCCUGUUUGUGCUAGAGUUGUCUGAGGGCGAUUGUUUAGCCAUGGACCGGCGCCCGAACACUGCUCGUGCCUUCCCACUAAGAUUUCCGUCGCUUCAGAAUACAACCCUCGUACUUUAGAGUGGCAGGUCCGGUCCACCACCGCAGAGCCGAAGGCUUUGUGAUAACGCUCCUGUUCCUUGUUGGGAUCACUCACUGUCACGUUAUACGCAAUUACUCAUUGUAGUUCGUGGUGAGACAAGAACAAAGAAAUGCUGUGCUUUGAAAACGCCACGGGAGGACCAAUCCUUGAGAACGUGCUGGCGCGUAGACCUGGUUAUAUUGGCAGAUAGGCCAAGGAACGACGUGUCUACCUUAUUGAAAGGAUAAUGCUACAUGACAGAAUUUUCGAAAUGUAUUAAAUGUUGCCUUGGCUGAUAAAGGAAGCAAUGACUUCACCAUUAAACUCGGCACAAUGCAUUCCCAGCAAGCAGAGCGGUGCGCCUUGAGCUUCAGCAUAUUAUGAAUGAUUUUGUGGAAAGACCACAUAAUUUUUUUCAAAACUAUACAGAUUUACAGUGACAUCACUAAAAGUGGAUGAAAUAUUUGCUGUUUCCAAGGGUGCUUGCGCUGCAAAACUUGAAACUAUAGCAGAGAGAGCAGCUACCCAUUGUCUUGUCAGAGCACAAUAAUUUAAGAAAAUUCAUUUUAUCAAGCAAUAUUUGAGGUAGUGUCAGCUACUUUAGGUAAUCUCAGUUCAGUACACCAAAUAUAUAGAUGAAUAACGACGUGUGUACAUAUGCAUACAACAUAAAUGCAUGCAUCCAAUCGUCGUUACCUGCGUAGGGGAAAUACUUGCGGACCGAUAACACACAGCAUACAGCAUGGAUCUCUGAGGCUGUUGGCGGUCCACUUAAAAUGGAUAUACCAGUGUAUGCAUUAUCACAUGGUUAAAUACCUAGAAAAAAACAAACUUUUGAAAGCGCAAUUUAUUUUACCCAUGAGUUUGUUUCCUACACAACACCGGCAGAGUUUUAAAUCCGAGUAGCAGGUAGUCUGCGGCAAAAAAGAAAGACUGUUAAAAGGAAUUAUUUCAGAGAUGUAUACAGAGCAAGCCAGUUGAGAGGGGGCUGGUACUAUCACGUGAACUGUGUAUAACAAAGCUGCAUUAUUUCGAAGCCCUGCUGCCAACGGCAGCUGCGAGACCGCAAUUAUGCCGGUGGUACUGAUAUCAAGAACAUUGUCGUAAAACAACAAUAACAAUGGAAUUUCUAAAUGGUGACCUCCACGCGAAAAGGUUUUCGUGCGCAAACUCACAUUAGGGUAGAGCUUUAGGUAAAAAAAUAUUCGUGUAUAUUUCAUUAAAAAUACUUUGAAAGGCCAAGCCAUUUGACUAAUUUCCCAGCAGAGCAGCCAUUUCGUAUACGGUCGUUAAUCUGAGGAUUAGAGCAAAUGAUUAUAGGCUUAUAUUAGCUACGUGGACAUAAUUAGAACUUGAGGCAUUCAAUGUCAUCUUUUUGUGAACUGACGACGCAAAAGUUUAAAGUAGCUUACUGCUGAUUAGUGUAUGUAGCGCUAGGAUUAUUUCUCACAUUGACGCGGCAAGGCAUAACGACACGGUGAUCAAGGUCCACAAGCAGAGUAUUGCUCUUUCUCAUCAAUGCUUCAUGAAUUUACAACUGGCAGGAAGCGUUUGUAUGUCAUUGUUAAAUCAAAGCUAUGCAAUCACUUGUCAUAAAUAUACUGACGCUUGAAGGGAUUAGGGCAUUCCCAAAGGUAAUGGUAGUUCAAUUGUUGUUAUUCUUGAACAUCCUUGAUUUUAAGCAAUUUUAUAUGUCUGCCCUGUUAAAACCUGUCACACAGGCUGGGUGGGUUGUCUAUGAAGGUAUGCUGCUCUAUGAAUAAACAUCAAACUUUGGGCUUCAAACAGUCGACCAUGCUCCAUUAGAUUACACGCAAUGAAGGCACACUUAACAUGCUGCUGAACUCCAACAAAGAUGGAAAUUAAAAAAAAAAAAUUGUACAACACGUAUUUUUACGGAACAGCUGUUUUCAGCACUUGCCGACAUUUCGUGUGCGUAGGCAUGGUCACAAUACUGCCCAUCGGAAACGUAGCAAGCGGUAGCGUUGAUACUGAAAGAAAAAGCGUUGUAUAGAGAUACCAACCCAGUAGUUUACGUAAAGGUUUGUGAACUUGUUAUCAAUAAAAUGGCUCAAGUUCUACUUACCACUUAGAGCGCUAACGACGAACGUUGCCAGGAGCCACAACCAACUUCAAGAGCUUUUUCAUUGCUAAAAGGUCUCCUAACUUUACAGUGCGACUUUGUUAUUCCCAUUAGAGUACCCCUUUACAAGUAUGGGUAGAAGUACCUAAAAUACGAAACUUCUAGUGAAUAAAUGUUUCAGCGCGUACGAACUUCAACGGAUCUUUAAAGAAAAGUUCCAGAUAACAUAAAAAUCUAUAUUUUUUAGAUUAUAUCAAGUCUAAGGAACCUAACUAUGCCUUUCAUAAGACAAGAUCGUGUGGUAUAAAUCUAAAACCCACAAAUUGCUGCUGCUUAACUCAUAGAUGUAAAUAUAGUUGUCGUAGUUGCUCCUCUUGUAAGCAAUUAAAAUUGGCGGGCCUACCGUUACCAGUAUUCAGUGCUGUAAUGGUACUAGACGACGAUUAGAUCUCACGACUUAAACAUAUCGCCAUAAAUAUUUGAAAAUUUCUCAAUGCGACGUUGUUCAGAGGUUUCCUUUAUUUCUGCACUAAGCAACGAUAGACUAGGUGGCACCAAAAUUUACGACUUUUUUGAGCGUCACAAGGAUGCAUAUAAAAUAAGUGCACGAGAAAAGUAAGGUUGCGCCUGUUUCUACGCAGAAAGGUAUAGAAAACGAAUGCAAAAGUAAAGGCGCCUGGUUUUUGGUGGGAGUUUUAUGCAUGGCUUCCAAGUAUAUCUGUUCGAGAGUGUUUUAGUGUUUGUUAUAGCUUGAAGUGUACUGGUUGCAGGUAGGACGACAUCUUAAACGGUAGUCGCUGGAAAUGGCAUUUUACUCCCAUCUUACUCGUUUGUGCGGACGUAAUUCAACCUGUAAAGUGGUUUUAUUAUGCACGUUGUUUUCACAUCAACAGACAUUUGUACCGACCAUGGAGUGUUGCCUUACAUAUUCAUCCACUUACGACUGCGAAUAUUCUUCAAAUAAAAGUGUUUGCGUAUUU